AUGAAUAAAAAGGUAUCUUAAGCUCAUGAGUAAAACUAAACAUCCACCUAGGAUAUCCACAUUUUACAAUGGCUCAUGGACCAUCUGAUGUUUGAGAUUGGACCUGGUCCUAAAGUCAUGAAGCUCAGUUAUCUCGUCAAUUUUUAAAAGGCUGGAAUGUGUUUCUAUGUUCUUUCCUUAAUGUUCUGUUUCAAUAAUUUCUCUGAAGCAAUGUGGUCUUAUCUUUUAUUGCAUGGAUCAUAUGGCGCCUUUUGGAUUCUUAAGGAUUUAAUAUUCCCAGACCCAGUUUUCCAGAAAAAAGCAACAGUCUUCGGACUUUUUACUUCGUUUGCUCUUGUGCUAGGGCAUUACUUUGUCCCGGCUUAUAUGCUAGCUUCAGGAAGAGCUGACAACAACCUUACAUUUGAAAGAAUCUGGGUAAGCUAUUUAAUUUAUGUGAUUGGAAUUAUCCUAAUGCUCUUGUCUGACAGUUAGAAGUAUCAUACCUUGAGGUUUAAGAAGGGUUUGAUCUCUGAUGGCAUGUUUAAAUAUACUAGAAAUCCUAAUUAUUUUGAUGAAAUUCUAGUCUAUGGAUCUUUUAUCAAUCUUGUUAAUGAAAAAAUCAGCUACAUUUGUGUAAUGCAAGUAUGGUUCCUAAUUUUCUCAUUGAGAAUGUAUUUGAAGGAUCUCUCUCUAAGAAGGAAAGAAGGCUGGGAAGAAUACUCUUAAAGGUCCUGGCUACUAGUUCCUAAGAUUAACGGAAGGGUAUUUGACAGUUUAAUCUUUUACUCCGCUCUUCUUUUCUCUAUUUAUUACUGCUACUUCAACGGGGGCUUUGUUAAAACUGCUAUUGAUUUAAGAAGAAUAUUGAUCAAACACUGA